AUGGCGGGAAUAAACUGUAUAAAUUGUACUUAUGGGGGCGUGCUUCCACACCCAGUAGCCCUGGUUGAUGACAGCGUUAAAGACAUCAUUUCUGACGUUUCGUUCAUAGGCGCGGGAUCUGUUAUAUCUUUAUUUGGUAUCAUAACCAAUAUUCUCAACAUCGUGGUUUACCUGAAACAAGGAAUCAAAGACAGCGCUACGGUUCAGUUCCUAAGUUUAUCAACCUCAGACUGCCUGUUUUCCGUUUUAGUUUUCAUGUCUUCAUUGGGUGUUCUAGUCAGUCGAAUUGAAACAUUUCGUACAAUAUUAGACCCAGUUUCAUUUACUUACUCUAUAGUUCCUGUAAGAGAGAAGGCAUACUCAGUAUCGAUUAGUAUUAUUGUUUUGAUGUCCCUUGAGAGAUGCUUCUGUGUGGCGUAUCCUUUUACUGUCAAACUGAUUUUUACGAAGUCUCGUUCCAUUUUGAUCAUUAUCUGCAUCGCUGCUAUCUUUGUAGCAUCUUUGAUACCAGAAUACUUAACCAAGGGAUUGGCUUGGACUUACGACAAAAGGUCCAAUAGAUCCCGAUUGACCUACUGGUCCUCUACUGCCGCUUCAGAUGUUCUGAAGAACAGCAUUCUAGCUGGGGUGUUGCCAGUGGUAUCAGGUGUCGGUACCACGUUUUGUACUCUCUACAUGAUAUCAGCUAUUAAAGCAUCCAACAAAUUUCGGCAGUCCACGGCACCAUCUGUCCGUAAAUGUUCUGAUGCUUCGACAAAGGAAAACAAAACUGCCUCCAAAAGAGUAACAUCAAAGGAAACAAAAACCAACAAACAAACAAAAGACGCAAGGAUAACGAGAACGGUUAUUGUGGUAAACAUUAUUUUUAUACUGUGUAACUUACCAAAGUGUAGUGUGUUUUCAUCGUCCGUGGCUAGAAUGUACAUCCCAGAUUUCAGCCUUUUCACUGAAGGCAAAUAUCAAAAUAUAGUAGCGAUACUGAUGACCUUUACAUUUGUGUUUGAAGCUAUCAAUGGUGCCAGCACUUUCAUGGUUUAUUAUACUUUUAACGCCUCUUUUAAAGCAACUGUUGGGCACAUACUAUGCAGCUAUUUAAACGAUAAAUAG